AUGAACAAUUCAGGGAUACAUCGAGAUCAGAACCUAAAUCAGAACCCAAAUCAAAGAACCCUACUAGACUUGUAUCCCUCAGAGAUUCUCGACAAGAUCUUAUCGUAUACGACACUAGAAUCAUGUAUCACCACAUUCAUAUCUACACCACAGGGCCAAGAGUUUCUCCAAACUAACAGAAAUGUCCGAAAAGCAGUUAAUAGGUUAAUACAAUGCAAGAGCGGGAGUAUCCAAUACAACAAUCGAAUAGCAAGAUUAUCUUUUGCACACAUGUACUUACGAACACCAACAUUCAUUGCAAAAGAAGAUGCACUGCUAUUGCAAAACACACACCAAUUCAUUGCACUAAGCGAAUACUGCGAAGAAAAUGGAAUUGAAGUAACACUCACUAUAGCCUACUUCUUUUGGACUCUAGUCGAUGCAAUUGAGUUGACUAAACUAAUUACAAGAUUAAACAAAAGGAGCACUAAGAACAACAGUAAGAACAACAACAGUAAGAACAACAACAGUAAGAACAACAACAGUAAGAACAAAAAGUAUGUGACAUAUCAAAUGGACUUGGAAAUAUUGGAAGGCUACUUAUACAGCAUCAACAUGGACCACAUCUUCCACUUAUACAGCCAUCAUUGUGGAGACACAAUCAAAACAAUAGUUGUAAGCGGAGUAUUGGAUGAGUUCACAAUCGACUUGGCAACAAUGUUCCCCAAAUUGCAAAACUUGUGGCUACACGAUUGCCAACGUGUUAAACUUGUCAACUUGGAAGCAUCAAGUCUACAAAAACUAGCACUCAUUGGCUAUAAUCGCAAUGACCACUCUUGUCCAAUAAAUAUAUACAAACUACCUCAAACACUCACUCACUUACAACUCCAAAACACUCUUUUAAUUGCCAACAAUAACACAAACAAUGACAGUGACGACACUACCGACAAUGAAAUCAACACGCUACCUAUAUUUACAGCACCACCAUCAUUACAAGUUCUCUCCCUCGAUUGCUGCAAAUUCAACAAUAGAAACAAAAACUUAGAUUUAAAGCAACAUUUUGUACAGCAAGCCAUUAUAAACAAGCACUCAUCAGACUUGACAACUUUCGAGUACGGAGCAAACGAAUUCGAAACUGCGUCUAUGGUCCCUACUAGAUUUCCUUUUCAGAUUGAAAAACUUGACAACUUGACCUCACUCAAACUACACAGUCUCAAUUUAAAUGACAUCUUUGAAGUGCAAUUGUUUGAAAAAUUGGGAAAAUUGGAAAAACUAUCACUAUCUUCAUUGGAAUAUACAGACAUUUUAAACAAAAUCAAAUAUCCACCAAGUUUGAAAGAAAUAGACUUGAACAACAACACAAUAACCGAUCUUUCAGCCAUCGACGCAAACUUACCUCAAAGUCUACAAAAAUUAAACUUGGCAGACAACCCCAUAUGGUGGGGAACGUAUACACCAAGGCUCACCAAUUUUACACAACUCAAGUAUUUGCGACUAUUCAAUACACACCUUGGCCAGAGUAUUGAAACAAUACAAUUUCCAGACUCGAUAGAGGUACUAUCACUCGAAGUUAAUCAAUUGCAAUCGAUUGAUCAAGUAAGAUUCCCCAAAAAUUUAGUCAAUUUGGGUAUUGGCUCCAAUAAACUAACCACCGUUUAUAAACCACAUUUUCCAUCAACUAUAAAGACCUUGCAUCUAACUGAAAACUUGUUGAGAAAAGUAGAUCUCUCAACAAAUAACCGUGGGCAGCCGUUGGAAAUUGAAAUAUUAUACCUCAACUAUAACAGAAUCAGCAAACUAAGCAACUUGAACCUCCCGCAAACAUUGAGAAUCCUAAACUUGGAUAGCUGUAAAAUUUCUGAAAUUUCAGGAUGGCAGUUUUCUUCCACAAUCGAAGAAUUAAGCAUAAUGGGUUGCAGACUCAGGAUUUUCGAAAACGUUUCGUUUGGCGAGGAUUCCCAACUCAAGUACAUUUGCUUAUCAAAUAACGAGUUGAGGAAACUAGAUAAUGUCCGAUUCCCGCACUCUGUAGAGACAAUAAAUUUAUCGAGCAAUAACUUGAGCAAGAUCCCUACUUGCUUAAAAAGUUUGCAAGGAUUAAAAGUGUUAAAUUUGUCAUCGAAUAAACUCCGCUCAAUAGUGUUUAAAUUCGAUACACCAAACUUGGAAGUAUUGGAUUUCUCCUACAAUCACAUAAAGAAACUACAACUUAGUCACUGGCUGAAGAAAUACGAAUCAAGGCUCGUCUCCAUCAAUCUAUCGCGCAAUGACUUGUCAAUCUUUAACAUGGAAAUGAUUGGCCACCAUAUAAUGGAAGGCAAAGCCAGUUGCGAGGUUGGCCAUAAAAAUCUCGUCGAGAUAGAUUUGAGUUUUAAUAACGAGUUGCAAAUAGAUCUCGAGUCUUUAAUACCAACACUUCCACCCCUGCUUACAUGCCUAAUGUUGGAGUCAACAGUCAAUAAUAGAAACGUUCAUGGCGGUCCCAUGGGAUAUAGAUUUGCCAGGUCGUGCUUGCCCAGAUCAGUGGCAAAUGGAAAGAAAUCAUUAAUAUAUUCUAAACGGAUCGAUUACCCCAGUGCCACUUGA